AUGAGAUCUUGGCUGGAGAACACGAAAUUGCCGAGCUCCUCGCGCUUCUUCAAGUUGCUCGGGUGUCUCAAUCAGCAGAGCAUUUCUCCAGGUGUCAUCCGUCUGAGAAACAGCUUGUACGACAAGUACCCGUACAAAGACGUCCCCGGGGGCUGGAAGGUAAAGAUCUUGGUUCAGGAGAACGGGUACUCGAUCGUCCACGAGAAGUCCGAGCAGUCUUACAACCAGGCACCGACGCACAGCUUCUCUCUGAACUGGGCGUUCACCAUCAAGUUCUCCCCUUACUUUAGCAACGUGUGGGCCGGGUUCCAGGUGACCGGCUGGAACUGCGGCCCGGACAUGAGUCCGGAGCUCAGGAAGGACUUCGAGGCAAUCGUGGUCCAGCACACGCCCCCUCAAAUCAUGAAUCACCGCCUGCUGAUCGCGGACGAUCAGUCUCCCCGCGGCUCUCUCCUGUUGACGCCGAAACUGGCGGAGCGGUUCCGCGUCGCGUACGCCGUGCACCAAAUUCCGGCGUUUCCGGCCUCCGAUAGCAACCUGGAAUCUCCCCUCUACGUCCUCAUGGAGAGCCUGAUCUCCAAACUCGAGAGCGAGGAGAACCGCGCCGCUAUCAUGAACAUGCUCGAGUCCCUCGUCUACGAAGUGGGCCACUCCGACGUGGAAGUCGUCUCCAGACUCCUCUCAUACAUACACAUACACAACUACAGGUCCAGCCUGCUGUUCAAACUUCUUCACUACGACACACAAGCUCACAUGUUCGGCGCCCUGAAGUCCCAACUGUCGAAGCACCUUCCCCACCUAGUCGACGACUCGAAGUACUACACCAUCGAAUUCUGCAGGACCAGGCAGGGCUACAAACUCGUCGUCAACCACGUCUCCAGGGACGACGAAAACAUCAUUUGGUGGUCGGCCCUCUUUUACCUCGACGAACGUCUCAGCACCUUUGACUCCUCCAUCGUCGUCCAAGACGUCAUGCCAUCCCAAGACCUCCUCUCCUCUUCCAGCGCCUCCAGCCAACUCCUCUCCACCCUUGAACACCUCGUCACCCCAACCUCCGUCUUCAGCCAAAAAUUCAGGUGCCUCAGCUCGGAUGACCUCGACCUCUACUUCGAAUCCACCCAAACCAUCUCCAACUCCCUCUCCAUCUUCCUCGACGGCGCCAACCUGUUCCAAGACUUCUCCAUCAACACCUCCACUCUCCUCGCCGCUCUAAAACACCUCGAAAAACACAUCUCUCUCGCCACCUUCUACCUCGACAUCUCCAACCCACUCCGCAUCAGAAAGGCCAAGUGCUCCAUCAUCGACGUCGUCUGCACCUCGGAACCCUCCUCCGUCUCCAAAAAACACCUCAUAUACCCCGUCCGCAUCCAAUCCCACGAACACUACCUCCACCAAAACCUCGCCCAAGACCUCAUCCAGUGCUCCAGCAUGCUCGAAAUCCGCUCCGAAUCCAACCAACUCCUCUACCAACCCCUCCCGGAACUGGACCGCCCUCAACUCGUCCAAACCAUGCUCGACGCCAUCUUCUACAAAGUCGAACCCAACCACCUAGCUCAAAUCUACUCCCAGUCACUCGCCAACUCCAUCCGCGAACGACCCAACCUCGUCUGCGCCCUCUCCCACUUCUUCCAAGAACAACAGUCGCCCAUCCACCUCUCAGACAACAAACCCCAAAAAUCAUUCAAACUCUUCUCCCUCCUCACUCGAAACACCCUCUGCCAAGCCAUGCUGAGCCUGCGCGACCUGUUCUACGACAAGUUCCACUACAAAAGCGUCAAGGGCUCGUGGUCCGUCACGCUCCACUUCCUCCCCAACAAAAAAACCCUAAUCACUCACUCCAAACAAGAACAAACCCCCUGUCUAGACGACUUCCGCUCCUACUUCUUCUUCGAGUGGCGACUCCAGCUAACGGUUGACCUCGACAUGGAAACCAUCAAACAAUCGCAAUACAUCCACAACCUGUUCUUCCACGAAGAAACCUCCGAAGAAACUCGCACCGACGUCAUCAUGGCCUUCUCCCCCAUCAUCAGGGACUCCCCCUGCGCCUUCCUAAACAUGGCCACUUCAAUCUCCACCCUCGAAAUCAUAGAACUCCUUCGAAAAGCCAUCAAAGACGCUCACCCCACUCCAGUCGAACACUCGUCCCUCGGCACGCUCGACGUCACCUUCCUGCUCCAACAACUCGAGAGAAACAUCCCAUCCAAAAAAAUCCCUAUCACACCCCUCGGCUCUAACCUAACCCUAGAACAAGAACUGUGUUACGGAUCGAAUCUCUGA